AGAAUAAAACACGAGGAACCAGAACCCGAACCUGAAACCUGGAGAAUAAAACACGAACCAGAAACAUGGAGAAUAAAACAGGAGGAACCAGAAUUUUUGAGAAUAAAACACGAAGAACCAGAACCCUGCAGAAUAAAACAGGAGGAACCAGAACCUGAACCAGAACCCUGCAGAAUAAAACAGGAGGAACAAGGAGAGUUGAUUAAAGAAAACAAGGAGAAUGAAGAAUCAAGUGAAGCUGAGGAGAAAAAUCAUGUCAAACCUGGAGAAAAAACUUUGAGUUGCUCUCAAACCAAACAGAAAGAUUUAAAGAAAAGAGGAGCAGAGAAAUCUUUUAUCUGCACUCAGUGUGGAAAGAGUUUCACACACAAACAUCAUCUUAAGUGUCACAUGAGGUUUCAUACGGGAGAGAAACCAUACACUUGUGAUCAGUGCGGGAAGAGUUUCUCACAGUCGUCGCACCUUAGGGGCCACAUGUUCAUCCACACUGAAGAAAAACUGCACGCAUGUGAUCAAUGCGGAACAUUUUUUUCGAGGCCUUCAAACCUGAAGAUACACCUGAGUGUUCAUACGAAGGAGAAGCCACAUUCAUGUCAUUUGUGUGGAAAGUGUUUUUCAUGUCUAGAAUAUUUGAAAGAACAUCUGAAAAUACAUUCUGGUGUGAGAGAUUAUAUGUGCAUUGAAUGUGAAAAAGCUUUUACUUCAGCAAAGUGUUUAAAACGGCACCAGAGGGUCCACACUGGAGAGAAACCUUAUAAGUGUUCACACUGUAACAAGAGAUUCAGUCAGUCAGGAAGCCUGAAAAGACACGAGAGGAUCCACACCGGAGAGAAACCGUAUCACUGCACUGAAUGUGGGAAGAGUUUCAUUCAAUCAUCUGCUCUACACAUUCAUACAAAAAACAAUCACAGUAAGUAGAUCAUCUUCAGAUCCAGCACUUUCAGGUCUGAUGCUGACUCCUCAGCAGAUGUGACACAAUAAUGCAUCAAACAAUAAAAUAUCAUCUGGAUAAAUCUGUCCUAACCAGACAUUACAAGUGACAUGACAAAGAAACAUUAUCUAAAGUUUUCACAGUGAAUAAAGUUCAUCUUCAAAACCAGCAGAUUCAACUAAGAUUCAGAUCAACUCAAAGAUGGAGUUCUUCCUCAAAGAACAGUGUCAAAUAGUUUUAUGUCAUUUUGUUUCAUGAUAUAAAUGAUAUCACUGUGUUUUCUUAUGAGUUGCAUAUUGUGUUCAAUUGUCUUAUGAUGCAUGUAUCACUUGUACUGUGAGAUUCAGAUCAACUCAAAAGCCCUCUUCGGAUUAAAGGGGUGGUUUACUGCU